GCAGUUCCGUUUCCGCUUAGGUCCAGCUAUUUUCUCACACGCAAUCUCUUUGUUGAGCCUUGCUUACCUGCAACGACUCAAUACUCACAUUCCUGAUUGCGUCCAGCAUGACUCUUCCAGGGGCAACCCACACCUUCCCUCCAGCGCGAUCCCGCCGAGCCAUUUUGGCAACGGGUUUCUAUCCAAUGUUUUUUCUUUGUUGCACCCCUGCAUACUCAAAAGGCUUUUUCGCGCGCCAAUUUCCUAAUUCCACUCUUACAUUCAUGGCUGGCCCCAUCCAACCCGUUCCCCUUGGUAUCAUCAUCAAAGAGACCACGCCCUUUAAAGAGUGUACAGUUUGCGUCGUCGCCGACGCUUCGUUCCCACGUUCUAACGGUCGCUCUCUUCCCCUUACUUUCGCUCAACUCACAAACUGAUACCAAAGACUUUGAUCCUGUCUGGAUUUCCAUCUCCGGUGCGCGUGUCACCGUGAAACCCUUUCGAUACAUGAUUUCACUUUCCUUUCCGUCCAGUAUUGCGC